UGGGGGCGCCGAGAGGAAGGGACGUGUGGGUACGGUCCGACCUGAGGGUCGUCUCCUUGCGAGUCGUUGGGAGGCUGAGUUCACAGGGAGAUCGGGGUCGCCCAGGUCGUCCCGAGCGGGGCCGGGGGGACGAGUUGAGGCCGGCGCUGCGGGCGGCGGCGGCGGCGGCGGCUGCGCGGAGAUCGAGGCGGCCGGCGCGGCGGAGCGUGGAGCCCCGGGACCGGGCUGGCUCGGGCCGGUGGAUCCUCAGGCCCAGCCAGCACCCGGGCACGGCCCCAGCCUCGACUCUGAGCUUUCCCGGGCAGAUGGCGCGGGGCGGCAGGCAUCGGCGGCGCUGAGCCCCGUUCGGGCCAUGGCCUCGGUGUGCGGGGCACCGAGCCCCGGGGGCGCGCUGGGCAGCCCGGCCCCCGCCUGGUAUCACCGCGAUCUGAGCCGCGCCGCCGCGGAGGAGCUGCUGGCUCGGGCGGGCCGCGAUGGCAGCUUCCUGGUGCGAGACAGCGAGAGCGUGGCGGGGGCCUUCGCGCUCUGCGUCCUGUACCAAAAGCACGUGCACACAUACCGAAUUCUGCCAGAUGGAGAGGACUUCCUGGCUGUGCAGACCUCACAGGGCGUUCCCGUGCGCCGCUUCCAGACCCUGGGUGAGCUUAUAGGCCUGUAUGCCCAGCCCAACCAGGGUCUCGUGUGUGCCCUGCUGCUGCCGGUAGAGGGGGAGAGAGAGCCAGACCCGCCAGAUGACCGGGAUGCCUCAGAUGUGGAGGAUGAGAAGCCCCCACUACCCCCACGCUCUGGCUCUACCAGCAUUUCUGCUCCCGUGGGGCCCAGCAGCCCCCUGACACCCCCUGAGACUCCCACAACGCCAGCAGCUGAGAGCACUCCCAAUGGGCUCAGCACUGUGUCACAUGAGUAUCUGAAGGGCAGCUACGGGCUGGACCUGGAGGCUGUACGAGGUGGAGCUGGCAACUUGCCCCACCUCACCCGGACUCUCGUCACCUCAUGCCGGAGGCUUCACAGCGAGGUGGACAAGGUCCUGUCAGGCCUGGAGAUCCUGUCAAAGGUGUUUGACCAGCAGAGCUCGCCCAUGGUGACCCGGCUUUUGCAGCAGCAGAGCUUACCACAGACUGGAGAGCAAGAGCUGGAGAGCCUCGUGCUGAAGCUGUCUGUGCUGAAGGACUUCCUGUCAGGGAUCCAGAAGAAGGCCCUGAAGGCACUGCAGGACAUGAGCUCCACAGCACCUCCGGCCCCACUGCAGCCCUCCACUCGAAAGGCCAAGACCAUCCCAGUACAGGCUUUUGAGGUGAAGCUGGAUGUGACACUGGGUGACCUGACCAAGAUUGGGAAGUCCCAGAAGUUCACGCUGAGUGUGGAUGUGGAAGGUGGGAGGCUGGUGCUGCUGAGGAGACAGCGGGACUCCCAGGAGGACUGGACCACCUUCACGCACGACCGAAUCCGCCAGCUCAUUAAAUCCCAGCGUGUGCAGAACAAGCUGGGCGUCGUGUUUGAAAAGGAGAAAGAUCGGACCCAGCGCAAGGACUUCAUCUUUGUCAGUGCCCGGAAGCGAGAAGCCUUCUGCCAACUCCUCCAGCUCAUGAAGAACAAGCACUCCAAGCAGGAUGAGCCGGACAUGAUCUCUGUCUUCAUAGGCACCUGGAACAUGGGAAGUGUACCACCACCAAAAAACGUCACAUCUUGGUUCACAUCGAAGGGACUGGGGAAGGCCCUGGAUGAGGCCACAGUGACGAUACCCCACGAUAUCUAUGUCUGCGGGACUCAGGAGAACUCAGUGGGAGACAGAGAGUGGUUGGACCUGCUGCGCGGGGGCCUCAAGGACCUGACAGACCUGGACUACCGCCCGAUUGCCAUGCAGUCACUGUGGAACAUCAAGGUGGCCGUGCUGGUCAAGCCGGAACACGAGAACCGCAUCAGCCACGUCAGUACAUCCAGUGUGAAGACUGGCAUCGCCAACACCCUGGGGAACAAGGGCGCUGUGGGCGUGUCCUUCAUGUUCAAUGGCACCUCCUUUGGCUUUGUGAAUUGCCACCUCACCUCAGGGAAUGAGAAGACCACGCGGCGGAACCAGAAUUACCUGGACAUUCUGCGCCUGCUCUCACUGGGUGAUCGGCAGCUCAGUGCCUUCGACAUCUCUUUGCGGUUCACUCAUCUCUUCUGGUUUGGGGACCUUAAUUACCGCUUAGACAUGGAUAUCCAGGAGAUCCUGAACUACAUUAGUAGGAGAGAGUUUGAGCCCCUGCUCAGGGUGGACCAGCUCAACCUGGAGCGGGAGAAGCAUAAGGUCUUCCUUCGAUUCAGUGAGGAGGAGAUAUCCUUCCCACCCACCUACCGAUAUGAGCGGGGUUCCCGGGACACAUAUGCUUGGCACAAGCAGAAGCCAACUGGGGUCCGGACCAAUGUGCCUUCGUGGUGUGACCGGAUUCUGUGGAAAUCGUAUCCUGAAACCCACAUCAUCUGCAAUUCCUAUGGGUGCACUGAUGACAUUGUUAGCAGCGACCAUUCGCCUGUGUUUGGGACAUUUGAGGUUGGAGUUACUUCCCAGUUCAUCUCCAAGAAAGGGCUCUCUAAGACCUCAGACCAGGCCUACAUUGAGUUUGAGAGCAUCGAGGCCAUUGUGAAGACAGCCAGCCGCACCAAGUUCUUCAUUGAGUUCUAUUCUACCUGCUUGGAAGAGUACAAGAAGAGCUUCGAGAAUGAUGCUCAGAGCAGUGACAACAUCAAUUUCCUCAAAGUGCAGUGGUCCUCCCGUCAGCUGCCCACGCUCAAGCCAAUUCUGGCUGACAUCGAAUACCUGCAGGAUCAGCAUCUCCUGCUCACAGUCAAGUCCAUGGACGGCUAUGAAUCCUACGGGGAGUGCGUGGUCGCGCUCAAAUCCAUGAUUGGCAGCACGGCCCAGCAGUUCCUGACCUUCCUGUCUCACCGUGGCGAGGAGACGGGCAACAUCCGCGGCUCCAUGAAGGUGCGGGUGCCCACGGAGCGCCUGGGCACCCGUGAACGGCUCUAUGAAUGGAUCAGCAUUGAUAAAGAUGAGACAGGCGCCAAGAGCAAGGCUCCGUCAGUGUCCCGAGGCAGCCAGGAACACAGAUCGGGGAGCCGAAAGCCAGCUUCCACAGAGGCCCCCUGUCCACUGUCCAAGUUGUUUGAAGAGCCUGAAAAGCCACCACCGACUGGCAGGCCCCCAGCCCCGCCCCGAGCAGCCCCUAGGGAGGAGCCCGCGAACCCCAGGUUGAAACCAGACGGGACAGCGGAGCAGGAGGGAGUGGCGCCCCCUCCGCCCAAGAACAGCUUCAACAACCCUGCCUACUAUGUGCUUGAGGGCGUCCCGCAUCAGCUGCUGCCCCUGGAGCCGCCGUCGCUUGCCAGGGCCCCUGUCCCACCUGCCACCAAGAACAAAGUGGCCAUCACAGUGCCUGCCCCGCAGCUCGGGCGCCACCGGACCCCGCGAGCAGGAGAGGGAAGCUCGUCAGACGAGGACUCCGGGGGCACAUUGCCCCCGCCAGACUUCCCACCUCCACCACUGCCAGACUCGGCCAUCUUCCUGCCCCCUAGCCUGGAUCCUUUGUCAGUGCCAGCAGUCAGGGGACGAAGCGGGGCUGAGGCCCGGGGUCCACCCCCUCCCAAGGCCCACCCGAGGCCACCACUACCCCCAGGCGCCUCACCUGCUAGUACUUUUUUGGGGGAGGUUGCAAGUGGGGAUGACCGGUCUUGCUCGGUACUGCAGAUGGCCAGAACACUCAGUGAGGUGGAUUAUGCGCCUGGGCCUGGGCGCCCAGCCCUCCUCCCCAACCCCGCGGAAAUGCAGCCUCCCCGAGCGCCAUCGGAUUAUGGCAGGCCCCUCAGCUUCCCCCCACCCCGCAUCCGAGAGAGCAUCCAGGAAGACUUGGCGGAGGAGGCUCCGUGCCCGCAGGGCGGGCGGGCCGGCGGGCUGGGCGAGGCGGGCAUGGGCGCCUGGCUGCGGGCCAUUGGCUUGGAGCGCUAUGAGGAGGGCCUGCUGCACAACGGCUGGGACGACCUGGAGUUCCUCAGUGACAUCACCGAGGAAGACCUGGAGGAGGCCGGGGUGCAGGAUCCUGCUCACAAGCGCCUUCUUCUGGACACCCUGCAGCUCGGCAAGUGAUCGGGACACGGCGGCUGAGCUGCAGAGCAGGAAGGACUCGUGCAACCAGGGGGUUCAAAGUUCGGAGGGGUGUGGCAGCGCGCCCCUGGCUAUUUAUUGGGGUCAGCAGUCCCUACUACCCAGUUAUUUGGGACGUUCUAACUAGGACAUCGCGCUCUCCCCGCCUAGCUUUUAGGCCCAGGGUAGGGAGUUGGGUAGCCUGUGGCAAUCAGGCGCGGUGGUUACUGCGGAGACCUCCCAGCCGCGGGGUUGUCCGUGGGUACAUAGCUGGGCACAUCUGGUGCCCAGCUUCCACCGACGACGUUUCCACUUCCCUCCCUCGGGCCUGAACCACAGGGGGAGAGUUUCUCCUUGCAACUCCUACUCUGGGGACAUCCGUCCGUCCGGAAAUGAAGGAAGAGCCCGGGACCGGGCUGGGUUUAUUUAAGUUUUCUGUGUGGGUUUUGGGGAGGGAGGGCACACUAAUUUUAUUGGGGUGGGGCAGGACCUCGGCCGUCAAAUGCCAGUUUGCCUGGUUCCGGCUGUUCUCGGGUCCACAGCACCCUUCCCAGGGAAGGCCUGGCAGUGAGAGAGAGGGAGGUGGCCUCCGCCUCGCUGGGGGGGGGACAGGGCUUUUGAACACAGUGUAUCCCAUCGUGGGCGCUCGGAAAGGUUGCCGGCUUGAUGUCUUCAAUAAAUUAAGUUUUAUUUGGAUUGAGCAAAA